AUGCGUACCUACGACGAUUCCUUCAGCGGUCAAAAGAUCUACCCGGGCAAGGGCAAGCUCUACAUCCGCGGUGACAGCAAGAUCUUCCGUUUCCAGAAUGGCAAGACCGAGUCCCUUUUCCUCCAGCGCAAGAACCCUCGCAAGAUUCACUGGACCACUCUCUACCGAAGGGCGCACAAGAAGGGUAUCUCUGAGGAAGUCGCCAAGAAGCGUACCCGCCGCACAGUCAAGCACCAGCGUGCCAUCGUCGGUGCCUCGCUCGAUGUAAUCAAGGAGCGCCGUAGCCAACGCCCUGAGGCCCGUGCCGCUGCCCGCAGCGCCGCCGUCAAGGAGGGCAAGGAGAAGAAGGCCGCCGCCGAGUCGCAGAAGAAGGCUGAGAAGGCCAAGAACGCUGCCGCAUCCGCACGAGGCAACGCCGCCAAGGUCAGCAAGCAGGGUGCCAAGGGUGCCGCACCAAAGGUGCAGGCAAGGACUCGUUAAGCGGAAUCGGUCUGGCGUGCAUAGUCUGGGUUAUGGCUGGUUUUUCGGGAUGACUCGGUGUUCCUUUACUCUCUGAAUCUCUCUUCCGAUAAACUACGGAAAAUGGAAUGAAAUGGAAUGGCAUCAUGGCUCACAUCUUUCUGCUGACCGGUGUAACGGACACUGUUCAUCUUAGCGUCUGGCGCCAUAGGGCGAAUGCAAUACCAUGUCCUCGCGAAUUUGGGCUUCCAUAUCGGGUGCAUGUCUGUCUCGGACCAGGUCGAUAACUGCGCUCGACAAUAUACAAAUCGGCAUAGCCAGGUCAAUCCCAGCAACUCGGUCAAGACCUACCUCUAAACGUAGGGUAGCUACGAUAGUUUCCAGUACCCAGAUCGUACGGCUUGAUGCUCAGUAUCAUAUAUUGUGUACACUUGUAACCUCUG